AUGGGGAACCCGAAACGGGCCACAUUAAUGCUUAGAGACAUUGUCAGACAUGACCCAGUCGCGCAAUCAACGGCGCUAUCGCAUCUAAGUUAUUGCCUUAAAUUCAUAGCUCUCUUCCCAUUCCCCCCACUUGACAGUCGACUGACAGUGCCAUAUUCACACACCAAUUUAUCAGCCCCCGCUUCCAGUGCGCAGCUACCUACCCCAGCUCUCCGAAUCAUCGGUGAACGAAACAGUGGCAGCUACAAUCACUGUAAGACAAGUAUGCGGUUCUUACGGCUGACAAUGGUGAUGAUGAUGAUAAUGCAUGUGAUUGUUGCACGUGAGAAAAUGUUCACGACCUCGCCUACUCUCAGUUCCACCUGGGAACAGCUUGUCGCUGACAAUGCUGCAGCGAGAUCAUACGAGUUUCAACUCAGGCGAGCUCGACAUUCAAUGAAGUUAGCAGCGGAUGCCAUUGAGGCUGAAUUAAAAGAUAUUUCGCGUCGCUUUUCCGAAGGCUUCGGAAAUCACUCUUCCCCGAGACCCGUACAGAGACGUACUCCAAUAUCUUCACCUGUUAAAAAUGCGGUCGGUCUUCUACCCAUAGUUUGUUCCACUGAACAGCAUGUGACCGGAUGCUUGGAAGAAAAGAUGGAGAAAAUUUACACUUUACGCAUGCGCGUGUAUGAAAUGAGAGCCGAUGCGAAGCAUUCUUCACACGAAUGGGCCUCACUCAUCGACGAAAUCGAAGAGAUUGAAGCACGAGCACUCACUUUUUUGGUGCUGCCUUCUAUAUCCUUGAUGGAUAGUUCGGACGAAGACCAAGGCCAUCAUCUACAACUGGUUUUGAAUCGUCUAGAGCAGCAGGCGCUACGCUGUUUAGAGACGGCUACCCGGCUGUCCUCUACAGCUUCUGGUGACGCCUCUCCCUCCAGUGCCAAGCAGCAAGAUCAGCGCAAACCCAGCGGUGAAGCUGUUCCACCUGUUGCCUCUGAUAAGCCUUUUCCCACCCUUGCUCAGGCGAGGCAACGUGUGGAGCAGUCUACCAAUUUACUGUACCCCCUGCUGUCAGACUACACACUGCGAGAAUCCACUCUGCGAGUCAAACGAAUCAUAAGUUGUGCGUGCGGUCAGAUUACAGGACAAGAUGUCAACCAUUGCCUGGAUAGGUUGCGCUACAUCUUGGCAUUUCUUGAAAACAAACCUAUCCAAGCCACCGGGCUUAGCAGUCGUGGGGGGCAAGAUGCUACCCGUAUUUCAUUGAGUGAUCUGCUACCAGGCGAUCUUGGUUCCGCCUACGCUUGGCGUUGCUUGUUUUCGGCAACACUCUCACAGGCAGAGUAUCAGUUCUUCUUCUGUUACAAGGCCGCAGUGGUAUACGCAUACAUGCUUCUGGGGAUAUUGGCGCUGCAUCCGGAAACUGUGCCCGAAUUCCUCGCCCAUGUGUGCCUCGCAUGCCCAGUACUGGGUCUUUCUGUGGACAAGGAGGCUUCCAGUACAGUUGAAUCGGUGAUGCAAUCUGGAGAUCCUCUUCCGCGCUGGCGGGGCACUUCACGACUUUUUGCGGCUCUGUGUGUGGGUCACCCACCCGCGUUCCUGAAAGCUGAUAAGCGACCACCACCUUUCACACCAGCGCUACUCUGGCAGGUCAUCGCCGGAAUUGCCAAUCAGCGGUUCGUGCCAUGUGCCACAGCUGAGGUACUCCAUGGUCUUUUGGAAGUCGGCGGAACCACUCUGAUGAGGCUCUACGGACAGCAGUUUGACAAGCUACUGUCAACCAUCAUCAGCUCCAUACAGUCAUCUCCCGAGCUCCGUCACUCAAGCCCUGAAAUUGCGCUACAGUGCACAAUUGAGCUCGCUCAACAGAAGAAGCAGUUCCCACAUGAACUUAGCAAAGCUGUCUGAUUUGCUUGACAGAUCUCCCGCCCCUGUAUCUAUGUUCAGAUUCAUCUACUUUACACAGA